AUGCCCGCCACCACGCAUUACUUGCCGCACUCCGAGAGGACAAAGACGCACUAUGAGCGAUUUCUGAGGGAUCUGCGUCGGUGGCUGCCACCCGGCCUCGAUGAUGAGAUUGGCGAGAUCGCCGAGGAAACACUCUCCAUUGUGUGCCGCGCGGGUAAUGGUACCGCCGCAGGGGGCUCAGCCCAGCUGCAACAGGUGAGGAAACAGCUUGAGGUACUCUUCGACACCUCAAUAAGCCCCGAGGCACUGCAUGAGGUGCUUCAGUAUGGCCGACUCAUUGAUGACUUUAUUGUGGUGGCGGAGGAGGAGGAGGAGGUGGGAAACACGAGUGGCGUGGCCCAUCGCGGCGGUGACAAUGCCGCUGGAUUGGGCGAUGGACUCGGCGACUUGUUUUUCAUGCAGCAACAGGAGGAGGAGGCUGGUGACUCAUCGGAUGACGAUGAGUCCAGGACUGCCCGCGACAACAGGCGGGACUUGAUGAGGUUUGCCGUAGAUGUGGAGGGGCUCACAGCCAACGAUGACGAUGGGGACGACGGCGGUGCAGACGAGGACAAUAAUAAUCAUAAUAACAACAUUAACGGCGGUGGCCGGGCGCAACGUGUGACGUUUGAGGAGGUUGCAUGCAACCCAAAAUAUGUCCGUGACUCCUUGCGCCGCCUGUUUCCUACGCAGACAGUCGAGGAGUGUGACCUGCAGGCGGAUCGUUUAUUGCGGUACGCCGGCCAGCGUCAGGUUGACCAGUUGACUCUCGAAACACAACUCACCGCGUUUCUUGGCGGAUACGACGAUGAGGCAGUCAUGGAAUGGAUUGGUGUCGUCGCCGCAUCGCGUUGGGCAAUUGUGUACGGCAUGCAGUUUGCAGAGGGGCACAACCAGCAGGAGAAGGAAGCUGUGAUGGAUGCCAUGAAGACACAUGCGAAGCAGGAUCGUCUGGUCGAGCGGCUUUACCAGAGUGUCACGGGUAAAGAAAUAGGGCCCAAGAAUGACAUUAGCAACGAUGACGGAAACAGUGGCGAUGUGAAACCACUGCGGCGUGUGGAUUUGGAAGCAUACGCAUUUAAGGAUGAGAGCACACCCCAUCGACUUACACGUGCUGUUGUGCCACAAGGGACACAACGGGCGGUAUUUGAAACACAUGAUGAGGUAGUGCUUCCGGCAACGGCAUCCGCAACGAGUGAAUACGCCCGCACCCCUGUGAGCGCCUUUCCAGAGUGGGCACAAGUGGCAUUCUCUGGUGUCACACACCUCAACCCCAUGCAAAGCAAAACGUUUGAUUGUGCCUUUGGGAGUGAUGAAAACAUGUUGGUGUGCGCACCAACGGGGGCAGGGAAGACAAAUGUUGCGAUGAUGGCAAUGCUAAGGGCUGUCAAGAAUGCCACGGCCCGCAGCGGAGCCAUCAAUCUGCGUGAAAUGAAGAUGGUUUACGUGGCACCCAUGAAGGCACUGGUGCAGGAGGUGGUACGCA